AUGGCGAGGCACAGAGGAGUGCGAAACCGGCAGUUCAGCUACGACGAGGGAGAUGAAGACUAUUACGACGAGGAGGAGGAGGACCGACUGGUAGAGGAGCACAGGCUGCAAAUGCUCCAGGCUAGGGGCGACACAGCAGACGGCAGCAGCAGCAGCAGAGGCGGCGGAGGCGGUGGAGGGAUAUCUCUGUCGUCCUACUUCGACGACCUUCCCGGCAGCGCACCACGACAGCAGCAGCGACAACAGCGGGCAUACGACGGGAGAGAACCACCGGGACACUCCGAUCGGCACGCCCCGGAUAAGCCCCCGCAACCCGGCGGACACGACGAGGCAGCAGACGCCGAGCUCGUGGCCGCCAUUGCUGCCGAGCUUGAGAGUCGCCUCGGGGCAGGCCGCUUCUCGUCCGAGCAAGUGCGGCUGGCGGUAAGGACAAGCGAGUACGAGGUGGAUACCGCGGAGGUCAUCCUCCUGAGCGCCAGCGGAGCGUCGUCGUCAUCCGAACCUCAGGUUCAAUUUGGAGGCGGCAACAGCAACAGUAGCCAUCGCACCGCCACCGCAGCAACCACUGCGGUUGUACCGCCACCCCCAGGAUCACCGCCAGACGCCACCGUGUACGACAACAGCUCGCCGUCGUCGCUUGCCUUCGGCCUGUGCGUCGAUGGCCGUCCUGGUGCCGCUGCUAGCAGCCGAACGACCUCGGCCCCGAGCACCACCGCCGUGCCUGCAGCCGCCGCCGCCGCCGCCACCGUGCAGCGUUUCGACUUCGACACACCGUCACCAGACGACCUCAAUCUAUCCAAGCAAGCAGCAGCACGAGGAGGAGGAGGAGGCGGAGGCCGAAAAACAGACAAUUUUUCCAGUCCAAAGGCAAAGGUGGUGCACAUCUCCGACACGACGCCCAAGAGCACCGCCGCCGGCCGCAAGUCCAUCACCGGCACGCCCACGGCGGCCGCCGCCACGCGGACUCCGACUAAGACCCGGGUCCAGUCCCCGACGGGCGGAGGCAUCUCCGCACCGUCCCCGCAGCAAUCCGCGGCGGCGGCGGCGGCGGCGGCGGCCAUGGACGAGAGCGACGACGCGCAGGCUGGGGGAAAGGAGCGGCUGGCGAUGGUCGUGAUCGGACACGUGGACGCCGGAAAGAGCACGCUCAUGGGACAGGUGUUGGUGCAGAUGGGCCAGGUGACUCAGCGAGCGCUGCACAAGCAGGAGAAGGAGGCCAGAGAGGCUGGGAAAGCGAGCUUCUUCUUGGCAUGGGUGAUGGACGAAGACCAGGAAGAGCGGGCCCACGGCGUGACGAUCGAGGUUGCCCAGAAGCACAUCGAGACGGAGACCAAGCUCGUUACCCUCCUGGACGCGCCGGGCCACCGAGACUUCAUCCCCAAGAUGAUCAGCGGCGCGAGCGCGGCCGACGCAGCCGUGCUGGUCGUCCCCGCGGCCGUGGGCGAGUUCGAGUCCGGUUUUCAGGCGAACGGGCAGACGAAGGAGCACGCGAUGCUCGCCAAGGCCCUGGGGGUCAACCAACUCCUGGUGGUGGUGAACAAGCUGGACGCGACGGAUCCCCCGUGGUCCGAGGCGCGCUACGAGGCGGUCAAGGCGGAAGUCGGACCGUUUCUCGCAAGGACGGGAUUCCGGCCGAAAAAGGUGCGAUUCUUGCCAGCGUCCGGGCUGUCGGCGGAGAACGUCUCGAAGAGGACCGAGGGGGGGCCGCUGUCGUCCUGGUACGACGGCCCCACCCUCCUGGAGGCCAUCGACUCCUUUCAGGCGGCCCCCCGGGCGACCGAUAAGGCCUUCCGGAUGUGCGUCGCGGACGUUACCUCCUCGGGAAAGGGGGUGUCGGUGUCAGGGCGGGUGGUGCAAGGCCGCUUGCGGUCCGGCGAUAAGGUGGUGGUGAUGCCUCUCGAAGACCCUGCCACGGCAGCUCGGCUUGAGAGAAACGGGGCGCCGGCGAGAACGGCGAGGGCUGGGGACAACGCGGAAGUGACCCUGUCCGGCGUUGAUCCCUCCCGGGUGGUAGUCGGGAACGUGGUGUGCAAGGCCGGGGGAGUGCUGCCGGUGGUGCGUAGGUUCAACGCACAGAUCGUAGCUCUUCCUGCGUUAGAGGUUCCUAUCAUCAAGGGCACGGAGUUCCAGCUGCACAUGCACAACCUAGACGUGAUGGUGCACUGCUCCAAGCUCGUGUCUCUCACGAACACCGCGGGGACGGUUCUGAAAGCACGGCCGCGAUGUGUCCCGACGGGAUCGACAGCGCACAUCCGCAUCACCUGCCAAAGACCCAUCUGCCUGGAGAAAUAUGGCGACUGCCGCGCGCUGGGGCGCUUCGUGUUGCGGCAAAAGGGAGCCACUGUGGCGGUGGGACUUGUCUUGGACACGGAAAUCAGAUAG